CUGAAUUGUCUCGCCCUGCGUAAGGAAGAGGCGUGUGUGGCUGUCAUUAUAAGCCGGUGUUUGGAUGGAAUUAAUGCAAGACGGGAAGAUAAAUUAUAUUUAUAAAAUACAGCCGAAUGCAUUUUAAUAAUGAAGAAGUCAGUGUGAAACCGGAGGUUUCUGUUUUUUAAACCAAACUCAAGUGCCAUCGACAUUCUCCUAAUAACCGGAUCAGAGCAAUGCCACACCGCCUAACCACAGAUGCCUCUUUCAGCUCCAAACAGGAGCUGCUCGACCUCAAUGACAGCCUGGAGAAAGUGGCCGGAUUGUCUUUGGAGACGCCCAGCCCGGAGGAGUCACCAGAUGGCUCAACGGGCAAUGGAGCUCUGGAUUUGGACUUGCCAAGCCCCACCAUUGACACUUCUCAGACUAAAGUCUUCCUCAACGGCAAGCUGGAGAGCCAGCAUGGAGCAGACGACCCAUGUGGAAUCAAAUUCGUGCCUAAGGAGACAGAGGACCUCUGUGGAUGGGGUGCCCUGAAGCCCCGCUGUAUCCAGGUGUUCAACACCCCCAAGUGGGUGCUCUUCUUCCUCUGUGUCGCCUCUUUCCUGCAAGGCAUGAUCAUCAACGGCUUCAUCAACACCGUCAUCACCUCCAUCGAGCGCAGGUUCGACCUGCGGAGCUACCAGUCUGGACUGAUUGCCAGCUCCUAUGACAUUGCAUGCUGCAUCUGCCUGUCCUUCGUCAGCUACUUUGGCGGAACAGGCCACAAGCCCAAGUGGCUGGGCUGGGGGGUAGUGGUGAUGGCAAUUGGGUCCCUAGUGUUCGCCCUGCCUCAUUUCACCACCGAGAGCUACAAAGCGACCAUGUUGGAGCAGACAGGGCUGUGCUCAGUCAAUCAGACAGCCCCCUGUAAGGAAAGCACCUCCAGCCUCUCUAACUACAUGUACGUGUUCAUGCUGGGGCAGUUUCUGCACGGCAUCGGGGCCACCCCUCUCUACACACUGGGGGUGACCUACCUGGACGAGAACGUCAAAUCCAGCUAUGCCCCGGUUUAUAUUGGUAUUUUCUACACAUCUGCUAUUAUUGGGCCAGCUGCUGGCUAUUUGCUAGGAGGUCUUUUCCUCAACAUGUUUACAGAAUUCCAUGAAACGACGCUGACCCCGGAGGACCCCCUGUGGGUGGGGGCCUGGUGGAUCGGGUUCCUGGGUGGGGGAGCCGCUGCCCUCCUUGUUGCCUUACCCAUCCUCGGGUAUCCACGACAGCUGCCGGGCUCCCAGCGUUACAUGGCUAUGCGAGUCUCAGAAGCUUACCAAAUUAAAGACAGCAGCCAAGAAACAGACCCCCAGUUUGGAAAAUCAAUCAAGGAUAUGCCAAGGUCAAUAUUACUCCUGCUGAAAAACCCCACGUUCAUCUUCCUGUGUUUGGCUGGGGCCACCGAAGCCACUCUUGUUGCUGGGGUGUCGACGUUCGGACCCAAGUUCCUGGAGUCCCAGUUUAAUCUAAGCGCCUCUGAGGCUGCCACCAUGUUCGGUUACAUGGUUGUACCAGCAGGGGGAGGUGGCACGUUCAUGGGCGGAUACAUUAUAAAGAAGUUGAAUCUUCGCUGUGGAGGAAUCAUAAAGUUCUGCCUGCUCUGUACGGUCGUUAGUCUGCUGGCCAUAUUCAUAUUCCUCAUCCACUGUCCCAACGUGCCCAUGGCUGGAGUCACAGACCCAUACUUAGGGGGCCCCGCCUCUGAUGGGCCCCUGAACCUCACAGCUUUCUGUAACUCCGAGUGUAACUGCGUCAGGGAGUUCUAUAACCCUGUGUGUGGAGACGACGGCUACAUGUACUACUCCCCCUGCCAUGCGGGCUGCAGCACCGUCAACCAGACGCUCAGCCAAGCUGGCAAAAAGGUGUACUAUGACUGCAGCUGUGUGUUCAGGAACCUCUCCUCUGUGCCAGGAGGGGCCGUCUCGGGGAAGUGUAGCUCCUCUUGUGAGCAAAUGCCCGUCUUCAUGGUCUUCUUCUUCAUCGUCAUGCUCUUCACUUUACUCAGCAGCAUCCCAGCUCUCACAGCCACCUUGAGGUGCGUUCCAGAUAAACAGAAAUCGUUCGCCCUGGGAAUUCAGUGGAUCAUCAUCCGAGCACUAGGCGCAAUCCCAGGUCCGAUUACCUUUGGUUCAGUCAUUGAUAACUCCUGUAUGCUGUGGCAAGACCAAUGUGGGGAACAAGGAUCCUGCUAUCUGUACGAGAACUCAACCAUGGGUGUGUACACCCUGACAGCUGGGGUCAUAUACAAGGUUUUGGGAUCGUUCUUCUUCUUCAUGGCCCUCAUGCUUUACAAGCGUCCCGGGUCUCCUCCAAGCAGCUCUGGAAACACUGACAAUGGAGAAGCAGGGGAGAGUGACCCCCCGUACUAACUGAUUGAACAGCUUUGUCUAGUUUCCCCUAAUGAUGAUGUCAAUGCUGGCCCUGAUAGUGUCCGGAUCUCUGCUCAGUGCAGUGUGACGAUGAGGAUUCUGCGCUUCAGUCAGCGAAUAUUAUUUUGCAAUUGCUGUUUUGCUAUUGUCUCAGCAAUGAGAUCUACAGAAAUGCCUCAACUAUGCAUUACAGCAAAGGGCUGUAUUAAAUAUCUAAGUGUACGGUGUAAUGUUCUUCACUCAUGAAAGUGUGACCUGCAUUUGUUAUUUAAAAACAGAACACAGCGGCAGACGUUCGUAUAAAACGCUCUCGGAUUCUUUAUGGAGUCUUGCGUGUGAGACACAGUUUAAUAAAAGCACAUGGCUCACAUGAAACCUAGACCAGCAUUGAGAGGCACAGCCUUGCAGUAGCUACAGUGCACAGGAAAGUGCAUUGCAUUAUUCAAUGUUGGUCUUGCAUGCCAUUGCUUAAAGUCCCUGGGUGUUAGCAUGCAGUUAAAGCCUACAUUAUGACAGCUUUCAAACCCUUCUGCGCCUGCUUCCAGAGUGCACAGUGGAGGAAAGAGAGAGCAACGGCUCCAAAGAGGGCUUGAAACGAAGCAGCGCUAUAAAAUGAGACUUGGCUUGAAGGGAUGUCUCAGGCAGGCUCACACUCUUCAUAGUCAUUGUGUAAAUUGCAGCCAGAACAAUACCGUGCUGUAUCUCUGGUGGUCACUGUGAUUUUGACUGUUGGGUAUCCACUUGCUAAAAUUGUCCUUCACUGCAGGUCUCUGCAUCUGCAAGGACAAACAGGGCUUUGAGAUUGAGAUGCUGCCUCUCUUGAGGAGCUAGCCUGGAUAAACACAUGAUUUAUUCAUUGCUGUGUUGACAGAGGGCACUUUAGAGACCAAAAACAUACUUCUGAAGUUUGGAGUUUUGCAGUAAUAGCCCAAACAAAUAAUAUUGUGCCUGUGUAACUAUGUGUGUGUGUAUUUGUGUGUGUGUGUGUGUGUGUGUGUGUGUGUUUUUGAUGAUAUGUGUGUGUGUGUGUGUGUGUAUUUAUGUGUGUGUCUGGUGAUAUGUGUGUGUGUGUAUUUAUGUGUGUGUUUGGUCAUGCAUUAAAACUUCCCCUCCAAAAAAUAAAUAACGAAGUGUUUUUUACUUUACUUUUUUUAACAUGCAAUUCUACAACUAAACUUGUACUAGCUGGUACUACUUUUUUCAGUAAUUGCCCUGUGGUUCAUUACAAUAUGCAAGUGUAAUUACAUUGCAACUAAUGCUGCAGAGAAUGUUUCCAUAUAAAUAUGCACAAUUAUAUAAAUAAGACCGGUUAUCAAGCCAGGCCCAAAAGUGAACAACGUGGUUCUAUAUAUUAUGGUUCUGCAUGCAACUCCCUUUCAUGACUGUUUUCAAAGUGUUUCUAUUUUCAAGUGAUUCGUUCUGCAUGCAACUCCCUUUCAUGACUGUUUUCAACGUGGUUUCUGUGUUGCAGGCACAUAAUUACAAUGUUAGUAUGCAUAGUUACAAUGUACUUAAUGUGAAAAUCUUUUUUGCAACCCUAACUCUAAACCUAACCCUAACCCUUUUCUGAUACAAUUGUGUACUUACAUAUGUUGUUCAAAAUGAUCAACACAUGAAGUGCAUUGUAACUAUGCAUAAUAACAUUGUAAUUAUGUGUAAGUGCACAUGUAUUUACUAAGUAACUGCUAUGUAAAAACACAGUAAUUAGAGACACUAUGUAAAGUGUUACCCACUUCACUACUGGUUUCUUUUCAUUAACUGCAAGGCCACCCUGUUGUAACUGUUAUGUUUAAUGUUGUUUCUGGCCUGGUAAGAACUGUGAAGUGUCUGAAAUGCUGGUGUAUGAUGUACAGUAUAAAUAUGAAGACUUGCAGCCUGUCUGGUAUUUUGUAAUAAAACAAAAUUGCUCCCAAUUAAUGAUUGUUUUUUUCUAUUAAACUUUUUGUACUUUUUGAAUAAAUGUGGCCGUUACAAAACGUGU